AUGUCCCAACCUGCCCAGCGUCCCCAACCCGAGACAGCCGAAGGACAGAAACUCAGACGUCUCGCGUGUGAUCGGUGUAGAGGGCAGAAGCUCAAGUGCGUUCGCUUGGGGUUGUCUGAGAAGUGUCAGCGCUGUACGACCGCGGAUGCCAUUUGCACUUUUGGAAAACCAUUGCCCCCGGGGCGGCGUGCAACGAAGCCGGCGGCGCAAAAAAUGGAGGUCGAAUCCACUGUACCAAAGCUCCCUGUUGCAGUUUCACGAACCGAGCUGGAGAGCACUUCAGUCCUCAAUGAAAUUUCCGCACCAGUAGGGAUACUUCACGCCGACAGUCCGGGAUUCUCGGAAAGUCUUUGGGUUCACGGAAGCGACAUGGACGCGGACAACUUUUACAACAUUCUCUACGAUGAAGGAGGCGCCAUUGACCUAGACGGCCACAGUCUGGACACAUGGCCAGCCAAGGCGGAUUCUAUGGGAGAUACAUCCCCGUGGCAGACGAUGGGACCAAUCGGCGACGAGGGAGACACUCUGGUAUUCAGUCCCCAUGAGGGUAGGUCGCCUCAGAGUCAAAAGCGACUAUCAACGACUCAAAGCAAACGAGAAGGGCCGACCAAGCGGCCAGCUUCCCAAACUUCGGGUUCAACAGCGGGAAGUUUAGACGAGGCUGCUACAACUCCCGACACGAUGGGACUAAUGCAACAUCUGAUGCAUCUUAGCCGUGCCUUGUAUGAGCUCGAAAGCCGUUACCUCCCCAACGGUGAUAGUAACCAUACUUUGAUGGCCGCUUAUGGUGUCUUUCCCACUGAACUUUCGGGCCAAGUUCUCCAAGCCGCCAUUGAUUUCCUGGCGUUCCUUCAAUGCUUCUUCUUGGUAGAUGAGCCUUCAUCAUAUUCGCCAGGUCAAUUUCUAGCUACUAAUCGACGGGAUCAAUCCUUCCUCGACCUGACCGACCUGGACCAACGAAGCUGUCUUCACGCGUAUGGUACGCUAGUACCUCCUCCGUAUGAGCACAUAUAUCUCGCACCAACCAACUACGGCUUCACUCAUUCUUCCGCCUUGGAAUGGCCCCCAGCCCGACAGAUUGCUACACCAGACAAACCGACAAGCCAACAGCUCAUCAGUAACUAUAUGCGCUUGCUGCGCCUGUAUCUGUUACUCCACAAGUGCAUCUACGACUAUGUUCGGCUGACCGCAUCGAACCCCAGCCAACGCCAACCCAUCUGGAGCAACAUGACCCUGGGUGGCACAGUGCUUGACCAAUUCGCGGACUUCCAGAUCAAACUUGUCUUGCAGGUCGUGGCGCGCUUGCUAGAAGAUAUCGAGGUUGCCCUCGGACUGCCCGAGGGCUGCCGGGUAGGCAAAAUGGCUGCUGCUGAGAAUGGCCGCCGUGGGAUUUUGGGCACGUACGUUUCGACUCACUUUAUCGAGAUGUGCAUGUUCGAGGCCACCGCGGGACCUGAUCAAGGACGCUAUACCAUCAUCCGGUUGCGUGAUAUCAUGCACCGCUUGUCCAGUGCCUUGGACACACCUACCGUGUGCUGA